GCAGGUGGUGUUAUCGCCAAUCCAAGAAAUGGACCCCAACCUGUCGGGCACGUUGCACAACCAGCGCCGAGUGGCCGGCAGCAUGGGCGUUUGCCAGGGCGUGCUGAACCCGGCAUUCACCGGCACCGCCGUGUACACUACCAUGUCGGUCAGCCCGAUCGCCAUGUCCACGGUGUCCAUGAGUCGGCCACUGCUGUCGUCGCUCGGCAUCACCGCGGCGUCGGCGACGGGCGGCGCGACCACGCCACCCGCGCAGCCGUUGCUCAUCACAGACGUCACCGCGGCCACGGUGGCCGCUGCGCACCACUCGGACAAGGACGACAGCGCGUGCGGCGGCAGUUCCAGCGGCAGCGUGUCCAGUACGGACGACCGGAAGACGCCGGCGGCCAACAGGCGCAAGAGGGGCGAGGUGUACGUGUAGAUCGGCCGUUCCGUUUUUCCAGUUUCUUCCGUUAAUCAUAAUCAUUUAGUUAAUAAUAAUAAUAUUAUAAUGUGCACAAAUUAUAGAUUUUAUCUUUGUUAUUACGUGCUCGGGGUUGACGGUAUUUUGUUGUUGUUGUUGUUUCCGAAACCGCGACGACUGCGCGCACGUAAAGACUGCGAAUGGGCCUGUGGAGAUGGGGAAUGAUGGAGGUGUAAGAGAUAUAAUAAUAUAAUAAUUUAACGAUACGAUUUGAUUUAAUUGUACCGGACGUGCCUAAUACCCGUUGUUCGUCUUAAAUUCUCAUACGAUCUCCCGUGGAUUAUAUAGUUAAUAAUUAA